ACAACAACCUCAGAACCAACAACUUCUACAUCAGGACCAAUAACUACAAAUGCAAUACCCACAACUACUUCAGCAGGACUCACUUUAACUGCAGUUCAGAAAUCAACAACUGCAGAAAUAACAAAAACGACAAAAGUAACAACAACAUCAACUGCUGUACCAACAACUACUAAAGCAGGACCCAAAGCAACAAUAGGAACAAUAAAGACAACUGCUGAACUGACAUCAACAACUGCAGGAACAACAACUACGACUGCGAACACUCCAAGUACAACGGCAGGUCCAACAACUACAACUGCUGAACUAACAUCGACAACUGCAGGAUCAACAACUUUUGCAGAAAAACCUGCAAACACAACUGCAGGACCAACAAAAACUGUAGGACCAACAAAAACUGCAAGGCCUAUCACUUCUACUGUUGAACCCAAAACAAUAACUGAAGGAAAAACAACAACAGCCUCAGAACCAAAAACUUCUACAUCAGGACCCACAACAGCA